AUGUUGUCUUUUCAGCGUUUGGUGCUCGCAGCGACGCUGUUGAACCAGUUGACGAAUUCCAGCGCUUUCAUCUUGCUACAGAAAAAGUUAACGAUUUGUUCUAAACUGUAUUCAAAUUUGGAAUCGCAAGAUGCUGUUGUUGAAGAGGGCAGUCAUGAAGAGUUGAUGUAUUCCCUAGGUGUCAAUCUUGCACGCCAGCUCGGAGAUAUUAGGCCUCUGGUUGAAAACUCAGAGGAAUUGACACAUGUUGCCAAGGGACUUCUUGACACAGUCAUCGGACGACUUGAUGACGAAGGUCAAAGAACCAUUCUGAGCAAGCGCGGAAAAGAAUUGGACCAGUUAAUUGUUGAACGUGCAACCAACUUGAGGGAGAAACUAGAAAAGGCUGGUCGUGACAUGUUGGAAAAUAUGAAGGAAACAGAGGAGGUAAAGGAGCUGGAAGGAGGAGUGCUUUUGCACGUAUUGGAACACGGUCCCGACGGUGAAGGCAAGGGUGUGCGGCCAACGGUUGGAAGCACUGUCUCGAUUCACUAUCAUGGAACUCUUCCUGAUGGAACAGUUUUUGACUCUACCCUUGGAAAAGAGCCCAUCAAGCUACCUUUAGCGAAUGUCAUCCCAGGUUGGCGAAUUGGAGUAUUGCAAAUGCACGAAGGCGAGACGGCCAUGCUAGGCAUUCCACCAGAUCAAGCAUAUGGAGCCGGCGGAACACCCGAUGGUCGUAUCCCCGGUGGUUCAACUCUCUUUUUCAAGAUCCAGUUGAUCGAAGUGUUAACGGGGGGAAUUGGAGGGGAGGUCAAGCUGCUUGGUGUAGAUGGAAAGGAGCUUGGGAAAGACAGCGAUUCCAGCGGACUACUUGGUAUCGAUGGAAGUCCUCUUUAG